AUGUCCACAAUCCGCCGAAGGGUAGUCCACCAACGGGCUGGGGAAAUUCAAUGUCCUCUGCCCGAGCCCUUGAGUGGGGCCGGCUCCGGAGGAAUUUCGCUGGGCGGGCAGAUCUCAGAAGCUGGAAAGGGGGUUACUGAGGCCGAACGAUUGGUCGGUCGGCAACAUCUACCCACAGAUUGCCAUGAUCGAACUGUGAUAUACAAUGUACACCCACUCACGACCAAAGCCAACAGUCCAAAGCGACGGCAAGCACAGGAUUGUAAUAUGGCUUCAGCUCAAAACGCUCUUCAAUUAAUAAUAGUGCCGCACCGUCCAGUGCAUACAGAAAAUGAAAUCAACAAAGAUCUCGCCCCAUCUUUGAACAUACUGCAAAGAGCCCGAGGAUUGAAAGCACUAUGGAGAGGCAAGAAACACGAAGAUCGCCACACCCAGGUUGCUUUGAUACUUUGGGAAAGUCUCGCUGCUAGUCAUGCAUUUUUUACUAGCCCCGAAUAUGCCGACUUCCACCAAGCAAUCCAGCCUGCCAUGAACGGUCGUCGCAUCGAGUGGACGAACCACGUAUUAAUCGACCCUACUGGUUUGAACGACAAGACUCAUUUGUUGAACGCUCUCGACUCGCCUGCAAUUGAAGUAGCCUUGACAAAAGUUGUUGAAGGCGGUGUUUCGGGGUACUACUCUCAGUUUCGAAAAAUCGUCGUGAAAAUUCUGGACGAGGAUCCAGGAUGUGAAGGCCAUUUCAUCGGUCCAUUGAUAGAAAACCCCCAGGACCAGCUGCUGCUGAUCAACUGGCAAUCUGUUGACGCUCACCACGAAGAGUUUGAGAAGAAACCGACAUUCAGGGCUUGCAUCGAUGGGCUUCAGGACUACUAUGCUGUCUUUGUGAUUCCAUGGCAUAUCGUGGAUCUGAAACUUGUGCAUGGUAACCCGUAG